GUGUGUGUUGUGUUGUCACAGCAGCAAAGCCCGUGAAGAAGGAAGGAAAAUAUAGAGUGAGGAGAGAGAGAGUGAGUCUUUGAGGAGGAAGAAGAGGAGAGGAGGGGAGGGGAGAGAAAGUGUUUUAUUUAGACAGUUGGAGGAGAGGAGACAUGUCCAAGGUCUUCCCAACACUUAUAUUCUUUGCUCAUUCAUCCCUUACCAGACCCCAAAGGUGUUUCUGAAGAUGGGAAAGUAGUAAAGUUGUCUCCUUCAUCAGUUUCUGGUUUCAUACCUGUUUUGGAAUCAUCUAUACCGACUCAAAAUUUGAACAAGAACAUUUUCAAUCAAACUUCCGUCCAGGCAAUGCCCCUUUAUACUAAUUCCAUGUCGUGGAAUCCAAGUGAACGACAAAUUUCAGAGUCUUUAUCCAAGGAUGUGAGCUUCAAAGUGGUAUUUCCGCCACAAGGUCAUCAUGACGCAAAGCAUUUAGGACUUCAACUACAAACAGACCAGGGAUCAUCAUCCACAACCCAAUCAAUUGGUCACUCUCAAGGCGAAGAUGAAACAUAUGGUAAGGGUGCUGAUGGGAAACUGAAGCCAGUUUUCUUGCCGAGUAAUCAAGAUUUAAUGUCGAACCCUUCCCAAGUUGGUUACAGCAAUGUAGUGGGCUGCAUACCAUAUCCUUAUGUUGGCCCUUACUUCAGUGGGUUCGCGACUGCAUAUGGAUCACAGGCUAUGUCCCAUAUGCUUGGGAUCGUACCUACACGAGUUCCGUUGCCUCCUGAUCUGGCACAAGAUGGACCCAUCUAUGUCAAUGCAAAACAGUACCGUGGAAUCCUCAGAAGGAGACAGUCCCGUGCGAAGUUGGAGGCUCAAAACAAACUUCUCAAAUCUCGAAAGCCUUAUCUCCACGAGUCUCGCCAUCUUCAUGCCCUGAAUAGGGUAAGGGGCUCUGGUGGACGAUUUCUCAGCACAAAGCGGCAAUCAGACCAGAACGCCUCCAGUAGCACCCACUACGUUUCUGACUCUCUCAGCGUACAUCAGAAAGAUACAGGGGACACAGAAAGUCAUCACUCGGAAAGCAGUGAAUUCCUCCCUAGUGUUGCAAUCCACUCAGACAUGACAAGUGUUUCCAACACAAAUGACAACUUUCGGCAGGCAGAUCGCAGGUUCUCAGGCAUCCCUCCCCACAUGAGUGGAGCAAUGGAGUUCCAUGGCGGGUUUAUGCAUGCUGGAAACCAGCACUCUGCUUCUGUUGUCCGGUGAGAGGUCAGCACAAACAAGACCAUCUUGUUCUCACCGGUUGGGCAAAUCAUCCUUGGCUUUUCUCACUCUGCUACCAUCUUUCUGACAACUGGUGAUUGGAAAACUGAAGAUCAACCACCUUUCGUGCUUCUAAUGAAAUGGUGGCAUAUAGAGAUGCUGUAAUCUCGUAGGUUUCAUAUGUAUUCUCUCUUGUUCUAGUUCUGUGUUGUUAACCUUGAUUCAAACCGGCUAAAAGCUACGUUGCGAAUGUCGCACAGGAACAGUUUGGUUUGAUUCGAUUCCGAUAUGUACGUCCUUGCAUUCGUGUGGCAAAUUCCUUGCAUAAUAUUGGGUUUAUGCUUGCAGCUGGUUUGAUAUAAAGUUUGUUUUAUUUGUUUAUUUA